GGGUAACGGAAGACGAGCAUUUCUCCUUUGGUUUGGUCGUGGUCUUGGUCGUCGCCUUUGUCGUAUAAGUGGGGUGGUAGUAGUAAGUAGCUUUUGUUUCAGUUUUCAUUCUCUCUACAAAAUUUCGAGACGCAGACGUCGUGAAUUUCGAUCACUUUCGCCAGACGAAUCAAUCACAAUCAUCGAUCAGGUUGCGAUGCUCGGCGUAACGGAAAUGUUGCUUCUUUGUGACUGAAGGGUCACAUUUUUGAGUCGUGGAAGCCUGCAAAGCAAGGGUGAGAUCGUGCAUAGCUUUCCCGUGUUGGAUUGAGGGGUACAGUGAAAGCGGCAUCCUUCAGUUCAAGUGUAAUAUUCUCAUUGGGCGGUGGAAAUAGGUUUCCACAUAGUGUCAAGUGCUUAAACUAAAAGGCCAUAAUGGAGAAAUUAAUUGGAAACAAGAAUGCAGGCUUAUUAAGGUUAGUGGAGGAGAGAUCGUUGACCAAGAAAUUAGAGGAAGAGAAAAAACAGUGGCCAGAAGCACAAGCCCCUUACCUCCAUAAAGAUUGUGUAUCAAAUAUCCUUGUGCGACUUCCUCUCGACUCUCUUCAAAGGUCAAGGUUUGUCUGCAAGCCUUGGUAUAACAUAAUUAAAAACCCCAAAUUCAUUGAUGCUCAUCUCCAUCGUUCUGAAUCUGUUUUGAUCUUUCUAUCACCAAUUCCAAAGGACAGUUUAUACCCUUUUUCUAAGGUUUCUAUACCACGAGAAAAGCCAAACACUGUCUCGGUUGAACUAAAACUUUUUCAUCCAAACCCUAUCCCCAUUUUUGGCCACCCUCUCAUAAACUCUCCAAUGUAUUCUGUCCAGUUUCUGGACUUCAAAAAUGAUAAGAGUGAGAUAGGAGAGUACAAUUUAAAAUGCUCGGGCAUGAUCAGAGCCACCUGCAAUGGUCUAAUUUUGCUUGAUAACAUGGUGAAGAAAGGAGGACUGGCAGUCAUGAAUCCUGUGACUAGGAAGCUGAUUGCACUUCCUCUGGGUACUUUAUCUCAUCCACGUCGUGAAUCCUAUGGUUUUAUACUGAAUGAUGUUACGGGUGAAUACAAAGUAAUCCACUUGUUUCGGGAUGAGUUGGGGUUUGACAGCUGUGAGAUUUUGAGUCUUUGGACACAAGCAUGGAGAGAGGUAAAUGGCCCUCCAUUCAGGCUCCUUCGUUGGUUUGGAUAUGCACCUGUUUCAGCCAUUGGAGGUCUUCACUGGAUUCCUCAAGUUGACCGCAGCGAUUACAUAGUAUCUAUGGAAGUUGAGAAGGAGAAGUUUCACCAAAUACCGCUCCCAAAACCCAGCCGAACUCAUGACAGGAUCCUUGAAAUGGGUGGCCUUUUGAGUUUUGUCAUUCAUGAGGACGUGAACCAUAUCGACAUUUGGAUCUUGAAAGGUUUGUGCGGGGAAGUCUGGACAAAGAAUCACAGUAUCACAGUGGGUUCCGUCAUAGACAUGGUUCCUCUUUUCAGUUUAAGAAUCAAGGGAGAUAUUAUUUUCAAGAGAGACGAAGAUGGCUCGUUGUAUGCUUAUAGUUUUCGAGACCAAGAGAUGAGGAAGGUCGACAUGGUAAAUGGAUGUAUCCGGCGGUCUUACAUGCCUCAUGUCAACACCCUCGUUUCAUGGAUGGAAGCAAGUCAGGACAUGUCUGAUGAUUGAUCUUUCAGCAAUGGUGUGUAUGUAUAAAACAUUGACUAGUCAGCUUAAACUUGAAUCUCCCUUUUGUAUCCUUUAUAUAUACUUUGGUUUUACCCCUUAAUCUAUAUUGCUACUAUUUGGGUUGAUCA